GGUCAAUUCAUCAAAACUUAGAAAGUAAGCAAAGAAAGAUACUGAAAAGGUUUCUACGGGAGGCCUCUAGCAGGAUCUCGAACCACAGUUCCGGGUCCACCGCAUUUGUCCCAAUUUCAUCGAACCGGCCUGGAGUAUUUAUACAUAUGAUUCGUUCUUUACCACGCAUUCAGCGUCAAGCAAUUGCGUUUAUCAGUUGUGAAAAGACGAAACAGAAGAAUAUUUUCUGCGAUCGGAGUUCUACCCUUUUGUAAUCUGAGCGAUGUGGAACCCUAACCGCGGUAAGGGUGAUACGGAGUCAGGGGGCGGGCUGCUAUAUCCGACGAUGCUGGAGGCUCCGGAACUCCGGUGGUCAUUUAUCCGGAAAGUGUACUCGAUUGUAGCUAUCCAGUUGCUGCUAUCCGUUGCCGUCGGCGCUGUGGUUGUCUCUAAUCAUCAUAUCUCCCGCUUCUUCACUACUACUGGUGCCGGAUUGGCUCUCUAUAUUGUUCUCAUCAUCACGCCUUUCAUAGUGCUAUGCCCUCUGCAAUACUAUUACCAGAAGCAUCCCUACAACUAUAUACUGCUUGGCAUUUUCACGGUUGCUCUUUCCUCUGCCGUUGGAUUGACUUGUGCAUACACGAGUGGGAAAGUGAUCCUUGAAUCAGCCAUUCUAACAGCAGCAGUAGUGGUUGCUCUCACUUUAUACACAUUUUGGGCAGCCAGGAGAGGCCAUGAUUUUAAUUUCCUAGGUCCAUUCCUGUUUGGUGCUAUUAUGGUGCUUAUGUUGUUUUCACUGAUCCAGGUGUUUUUUCCUUUGGGGAAGAUCUCAGUGAUGAUCUAUGGGUGUUUGGCAUCAAUAAUAUUUUGUGGGUACAUCGUUUAUGACACAGACAACCUUAUCAAACGCUACAGUUAUGAUGAAUUCAUAUGGGCUGCUGUUGCCUUGUACCUAGAUGUCAUCAACCUAUUUCUAUCCCUCUUGACCAUUUUCAGAGCUACUGAUAGUUGAAGAGUGCAGUUAAUCCCCCCUUUCUGUUCUCUAUUUGUUUGCAUUGUUGUUCACAUAACAAUGAAUUUGUAUAUUUGUAUGUACUGUUGAAGUUGAAAUAUCAUGAUUUCCACUAUGUUGUUUCCACUAUAGGUGUAGGCCUACCUUCUCCUCUUCAUAAUUCAUUAUUUGCACCAUUUCCAAUCCCGUUUUUAUGUUUCUUUUAAUAAUUCUUCAAGGCACUUUGUCGUAUGAAGCUUGCUUACACUGAAAUUUGAUAGAAAACAAUUGCACA